AUGCGGCGAGACGGUCCGCCGCGAGGAGGUCGGCCGUCGGAUGCAGAAGGGCACGAGCCGCUGAGCUACGCCUGCGCCGCCAGCAGAGGCGACCGGCUGCGGGCCGCACUGGCUGCUCCCUCGGGCGCGUCGCCGCGCUCGUUGGCGUCGCAGUCGCUCGGCACGAUAGAGAUCAGCGCGACCGAGAUGCAGGUGCAGGAUCUGACGGGCAUGAGCUCGCUGCGGGCUGCCUUGGCGCCACCGCCGGGCAGCGCGCGCAGGUGGCCCCGGCAGUGCGGAGCCGCCCGCGACGGCGAGGACGCUGGCCUGUGCCAGGCAGAGAGGAGCCUGAUCUGCGCGCGCUCGGCCCUGGAGGACAGCCCGCUCAAGUCUCAGAGGAUCCUCAGCGAGUACUUCGCGAGCCCGGCCCCCGAGGACCGUCCGCGCGCGCUCGAGGCGGCGAGGCCCGCGCGCUGGCGCCACGACGGCGCGUCCUCGGCAGGCAGCAGCCUGCUCGGGGAGCAGAGAAGCCCGAGCGAGUGCCUGCAGCGCGUUGGCCUGGAGGGCGGCAGCCCGCCCGAGGCGCCGAAGACGUCGCGCUGGCGCCCCACGCGCACGGCCUCGGAGGACAGCGACCGCCUGCUCGAGGCGCAGGCGAACCUGAACGAGUACCUCGCGCGCGCGGCGCGGGAGGGCGGCGGCCAUGCCGUCGCGGGGCGGAGCUCGCGCCAGCGCCCUGGCCGCUCGGCCUCGAGGUCAAGGGAGCAAGAGCUGGACGCCAUGGCACUGGCACCAGUACCAGCGUGGCCCACCGUGGCGGAGUUUGGGCUUAAGGCCAAGGAGGUCAUCAGCCAGCUGGACAGCCACUUCCUCUUCGUGCUGGACCUCACUUCAUGGGUCGAGAUCAAGGGCGCCCUGGAGUGUAACUACCAGGACAUACCAAUCAGCGUUGAUCCAUUGCUCGGCCCCACCUCUGCAUACUAUGAGUUUUCGCAGCAGGAAAGAGAUGACAUCGACAACAGAGUUGCCAAGCUCAAGGAAGCCUUUCAGCAGUCUAUCAGGGACCUCUUCGGCGGCAUGGCUGGGCACUUCAAACAAUUCCAGGCGCAGCAUGCUCAGGAGGUCAAGCGCCUGGCGGGCAAAAGUCGCCGGUGCUGGUUCGGGGGCUCCGCCUACGGCCUGGACAGGGGCGCGCCGCCGGGCUCGCCGCUGGCCGGGUCCUCCGGAGCCAGGUGGCGCGAGGCGGUCGCGCGGUGGGGCGAAGCCGUGGCCGCGCGGGCGUUGUCGGAGCGGCGCACGGGGGCGGAGGACGCCCAGGUGCAGGCCCUGGGGGAGGAGCUGCAGGCCCUGUGGCGCAAGAUCUUGGCCCUGGAGAGGAGCGAGAAGGAGGCCGACCGCUCGCGGCGCGAGGCGGAGGCCGAGCUGGAGGCCGAGCGCCAGGGCAGCUGGGAGCUCCUGCAGGCCCACGAGGCGACCAUGGAGGCGCUGCGGCAGCACACGGCGGGCGCAGAGCGCGCGCUGGCCGAGGUCGGGGAGGCCGCGCAGAGGAGCGUGCGGAGGAGCCUGGCCAGCGAGGAGAGGGAGGAGAGGGAGAGGGGCCUCGAGGCGCAGCGGGAGAGGGACCUCGAGGCGCGGCUGGCGGACGAGCGCUCGCGGGCCGCCUCGGCGGAGCGCCGGUGCGCGGAGCUGCAGGCCCAGCUCGAGGAGGCCGCCGCGCACGUCUGCGGGCUCAGCGGUGCGCGCGCCAGGCUCUGGGCGCGGCUGGACGCGGUCCGCUACCGCACGAGGGAGACGGAUCGGAAGGCGAUGACCGUGGCGCAGGAGCUGCAGGAGGCCCUGGACGCGAUCGCUUGGCUACGCCGCGCGGCAUGCGCGAACGAGGGCCUGAGGCGGCAGUUGGCGGAAGCGCGGGAGCACGGCGGCCAGCUGCGCCAGCGCUUGCGCGAGGAGGGGCGCCCGACCAGCGAGCAGCAGGCGGCAGGCGCUGCCGCUGGCGGGCGGAGUCCAGCGCGCAAGGGGAGACGGAACGAUGACGAGGACUUGCAGGUGCCCCUCGUGAACGGCGCGCUCCAUGUCGGCUGGGAGCUCGAGACGCAGCAGCUGCGGUCGGCGCUGGGCAGCCUGUCCAUGCAGGGCUGCGUGAGCGAGGUCCAGAAGCCGCUCGUCGGCCUCCGGGAGACCGCACGCGCCUGGCGGGAGGAGCUCUUGCGCCUGGGCUGCCGGGAGGCGGCGUUGCCGCCGGUGCCGCAGUGUUCCAUUUGGAAUUUUUGGAAUGCGGCUGGCGGCACGAGCGCCGUGGCCGAGGCACUCAACGAGUGCAUUGAGGCACUGAUGGUGGAGACCUCGUUCCAACUGGCAGUCGCAGACGGUGCUGCGGCAGCGGGGCAGGAGCUGCAGGCGCACGAUCCGCGGCCACCCUCUCUUCGAUAG